GCCAAAUAAAAACACAACAAGCUCAGUGAGGUUCAUUUUUCCGCUAAAAAGCAAGAUGAUGAUAAAGUUGUCUUCCUUUCUUGUAAUCGUUGUCUUCAUCCUCCGACAGGUGCCAGGCUGCCACACGUCCUGCCUCAUAGUGGGCCCUGUAGCCAACUGUGCCUUCAAGAAUCUGUAUUGGGUUCCUGUUCUGCCUCCCAACAUCACCCACCUGUACCUGGAAAUGAACCACAUCAGGGAGCUCAACGCCACCUCUUUGUCUGGCCUGGAGGUGCUACAGGAUCUGGACCUGGGUCGCCAGUAUUCACCCCUUGUAAUCAGAGACCAAACAUUCAUUAGGCAAAGACGCCUCAAGAAGUUGGUUCUUGGCUUCAAUGUCAGACUUCAACUGGAGCCUCACGCCUUUUCAGGAUUGUCCAGUUUGCAGAGUCUCCACCUGGAUUACUGUGGUCUUGAAGAUUCCAUCCUGCAGGGCGACUAUCUGAAGCCGCUGACGUCUUUAGAGACACUUAACCUCUUUGCUAACCACAUAAAGAGACUGCAGCCUUCAACGUUUUUUGCCAAUAUGACCAAUCUGAAACAUCUGAAUCUAAAACUAAAUCGUAUCAACAAAAUAUGCGAGCCCGACCUGGCCGCUUUUCAAGGGAAGCACUUUGAAUAUGUGAAUUUGGAGUCAAACAGCCUUCAUGUUAUGAACAGCAAUGACUGGCAUGAUUGUGGGAAUCCUUUCAGAGGAACAUCCUUCAAAACUCUUGACUUGUCUCAUAACGGCUUGAGUAUAGCCAAAUUAAAGAUGUUUUUCAAGGCCGUCGACGGCACAAAGAUCUCCCAUCUCAAGCUAUCAGGACACAUCGGUAAAGGGUUCUCAUUUAGCAACCUCCAGGAUGUAGACAGAAGCACAUUUGAAGGCCUACAGAACAGUUCUCUCAGUUUUCUGGAUCUGUCUAAAAACAGGAUAUUUGCACUCCAAAAAGGAGUAUUCAGUCUCCUACCAGACGCUAAAAUCAUUGACCUCUCAGGAAACAAAGUCAAUCAGAUACACAAAGGUGCCUUUGAGGGCCAGGAAGGUUUAAAGGCGCUCAACCUGUCUUGGAAUUUACUCGGGGAAAUCUACUCCCACAGUUUUGCUCCUCUAAGAAACUUACAAGUGUUGGAUUUAUCGAGUAAUCACAUCGGCGUGUUGGGCUUUCAGGCGUUCAGAGGACUUUUGAGUCUAAAAGUUUUAAAACUGACUGGAAACUCUCUAAGGCAGCUUGGAUUCCCCAGUCCUCUGCCGAGUUUAAACCAUCUCUAUUUGAAGGACAAUAAAUUAACAUCGAUGGACGGUUUCUCUGUAUUUGCCUCGAAUAUCACAUAUUUAAACAUCGAAGGCAAUAGAGUGGAAAACCUGCUGGGAGUUAAGCUGAAACACCUCCGGCAGCUCCACCAUGGAGACAACCCAGUCAAGUGGUGCUCCACACCCCAAGGGGUGGGCAGUGUUGACGUGUUAGAUCUCCACGGCAUAAAUCUGCAGUCCAUGUGGUCUCAUGGCACCUGCCUCAACAUCCUCAACCAUCAUGUGGUCAAACUUAACCUGAGCUCCAAUGCCUUACGUGCUCUUCCUCAGGGCAUCUUUAAGCAUCUCACCGCACUUAUGGAGCUGGACCUCUCAUCUAAUGCCUUAACGCAUCUCCAGCCUCAUAUAUUUCCCAGAAGCCUGAAGUCACUUCAUCUGGCAGAUAACUUCAUAGUGUCUCCCGAUCCGACCGCUUUCGGUUCUCUCGGCAGCCUCGAUUUAAAGAUGAAUCGAUUCCGCUGUGACGCAAACCUGAGGAGCUUCUUGACAUGGCUGAACAAGACAAAUGUAACCUUCUUAAAUCCCGUUGAAGAAUUCAGGUGUGAAUUUCCUGUUGGUUUUCAUAAAGUUCCUCUUUUGGAUUACCACACUCAUCUUCUUGCCACUGAAAGCUCUUAGCAGGGAUUUUCACAUUUAGCAUAGCCCAGUGUCUUAAACUGAGGCAUGUGUUAAGAGUUACCAGAUUUGAUAUCUUAACACUUGUGCACCCCAGUACCCAAAAGAGGCAUUCAAUGUUUUCCUUAAGUGAGAUGAUUGUUCAGUUUAAAGGUCAAAGGUCAAAAAUUACACCAGAAGGUUUUUACAACAUUUCUUAUAUCAAAUUGCAUUGUGUUUUUGAUUGCACCGUUGUUAGAAUCGGAUAUAAAAACAAAGUAGGCACACUUUCUUUUAAGACCUCUUUCAGUCCCAUUGACUCCCAUUAAAACUGCUUUUUAAACAAACUGUAAUCUUGGCAUAUUACUAUGUAUUUUCCAUUAAAAUCGAAAAAUUAUAAAUUGGAGAAAUGUACUUCAUACUGGAAAAACUGGGUCAAUUAUGUCACGCCCCAUAUGCCUGAUUUUAAUUUCUCGAAUUAGUGAUUGUACUGUCUAAAAAAAUGUAUUUUUAUUUUGUACAAAUUUUUUUAUUUACUAUCUGUUCAUAUUCUUUUAUUUUAUUUCUGAUUAUUAUGAUUAUUUUAUUUUUUUGUUAUUAUUAUUAUUAUUUUUUCUUUAUUUAUUGAUUGAUCUGUAAAUAUCAUUAUUUUGUUUUCUUGAUGUUUCUUUCUUUUAGGGGGGGCGGCAUCGUUGGGAUAUAAACAGAACAAUAUUCUGACAUUUCGGCAGACAACAGAUAUAUGAUGUAUGUAAAUAUGAUGUGAUGGAUAGGAUUGUCUGAUGUUGGAUGUCAAUAAAAAAAUUAAUGGAAAAAAUAUAUAUCGAAUGAAUCU